AGUCGCAUCACGUCUACAUGUCUGUCUUCCUUUCCUCCUGUUUUUCUAUGGGUUUCUUCGUUUAGCAUUGUUGACAUGUAUCAGAGAAACUCUUCAGGUCCGCGAUUCCCUAAAAGGGAGUCCAGAGCUCACACUUCAACACGGGAUCAAUUCUACAACUGGAUCUCUUCUCACAGAAGUUUGUCAGACCCGAAUUGCCAGGAGAAUCCUCGAUACUCAAACCUUGUUAGAGCCUACACUACCCUGGGUGCAUCAGACACUGAAAAUGGCUUCUCCAACGCUGGUAAAUCUCAGAAGGGAGUCUCACCUUUGAACCGCGCUCCAGAUGGAGCUUUAGCCAAAGUUAUUUCACACAAGGAAGAGCCCAUCUGGUCUCCUGCCCCUGCCAGAGAUGCUGUUGCCAAGACAACAGUUAAUGAUGUCAAGAGAAACAUCCAGCCUUCUACAUCUGGAAAUAAGACUGAGCUGAGGAUCGAACAAGCUGCAAGAAUUGCUCUUCCUUCCUCCCCCUCGGAUGAAGACAUCUUUGGUAAGACGAGAGUUAUCACCCCUGAGCAGGUGUCUGGUAAGACGAGAGUUAUCACCCCUGAGCAAGUAUCUACUAAGGCAAGAGUUAUCACCCCUGAGCAAGUAUCUACUAAGACAAGAGUUAUCUCCCCUGAGCAAGUAUCUACUAAGACAAGAGUUAUCACCCCUGAGCAAGUAUCUGCUAAGACAAGAGUUAUCACCCCUGAGCAAGUAUCUGUGAAGAAACAGCCCUCUAACACAGCAGCCACCAUGGUAAAACCAAGCUGUUCACAGCCAAGUGGAGAAUCUGCCUCGUCAGACUAUGAGGCCCGUCGUCAAAUGGCAAUAAAAAUGAUUUUGGAGCUGAGAAGUCAAGAGAUGCCAGACUCUGGGGACGAAUCCUGGUCUGACUGUGACAGUAGCAGCUGGGAGACCGAUACAGACUCCUGCUCGGCAACAUCAAUCACCGACACCGUGAACGCCCCUACAUACCCGGAUGAAGACUCACGUCUCACUGCAAUCCUGAGGGCAAGACUUGCUGCUGGACAUAUCCUCCAGGCCCGCAAAUCCAUGAACUCUGUCUCUCUGGAUGAGAAGCUCCACGCCAUCAGAUACAAGCCACAGCCUCGAGCCUUCGCCCCGUGGUUUGAUGAAGACAUGAUUGACUACGACACCAACAUCAUUGGCCUCCUCCGGCCCCCUGCACAACCAACAGCCCCCUAUGUAGGGGACGUCAUCGCUACCCUUGUCCCACCCAUGUCAAAACUGAGUCUCAAACACGCCCUGAAUGCCGGCUCUCAUGGUGGCGGAGACGAUGAGCUCGUGACCCAAGCCAAGGGCAGAAAGAGGCAGCAUGACGAUGUCCAAGAUGUGAAAGGCAUUAAGAGGUCAAGGACGAACACGUCUGGAACAAAUGAGCCUAUCAGGGCAGUGACCUGUGGCAAGAGAAAGGCUGUGGAAUUUGCCGAUACCCUUCAUGCCGCUAAGCGGAUGAGGAACUAGACUGUCAUCAUAGAUUACAUUGUGAUUAUGUAUGUAUGUGGUUAUGUGUGUGUGCAAGAAUG